ACGGAAGAAGAAGAAGAAGAAAGACGUGACGUCACCUGUCUUUAUCCAGCUGCAGCACGAGCUAACGCUGUAGUAAUGAACUCCGAUUAGCACACGAUGGGAUUUCAGGAAUAUUUCAGAUAGUGAUUCCGUGCAGACUCCUCAGUGUGUGUGAAGAUGUGUGAUCUGAGCUCAGCGCUCAUUAAAGAGGGCUGGUACCUUACAGAUGAAGGAAUAGAGGAGUGUAAAAGUUCAACAGAGAAGGAGAAAACAUCACCGACUGACAUCAUCCAAGUAGCACUAAACAGUGAUCUGAGACCAAUCGGAAAGAGCUUCCUGCCAACAGACAUCAACAGUGGACGAGUAGAAAAGUUGGAGUGUGGCCCGUGUGUCCUUCAGGUGCAGAAGAUUCGUAAUGUCGCCGCUCCUAAAGAUCACGAGGAGUCGCAGGCGGCGCCCAGAAUGCUGCGUCUGCAGAUGACGGACGGUCACACGUCCUGCACCGGCCUCGAGUACAAACAAAUGUCCAAAAUCAGUCUGAACACUCCUCCUGGAACCAAAGUGAAGCUCCUGGGGGCCGUCCAGCUUAAAAAUGGCCUUCUGCUAUUGGACGAUUCCAAGAUCUCGGUUCUCGGAGGCGAAGUGGAUCACAUGAUCGAGAAGUGGGAGUUUCAGAGGAGCCUGGCCAAACACAGCCGAAGAAACAUCGGUGCAGAAGGCGGACCCCCUCCAUUCGUUCCCUUUGGACAGAGAUGUGCUCAGAAGGAGCAGGUGGACAGCAGAGCUCUGGAUCAGAGGAAGACCCUGCAGAGCACCAACACUGUGAGAUCUGCUGACGACAACGAUGAGUUUGAGAAACAAAGAAUCGCUGCUAUCGCAGAGAUCGCCAAGAGCAAAGAGAUGCGUACGUUCGGCGGUGGAGGCAAUGCAGGAGGAAACCUCGCCAAUCCAGGAUCCACCUACAAGAGCCGAGACACCUAUCAAAGAGACAAGAAGAGAGAGAAAAGCCGGACGGAGAACAAGCCAGAAGGAGUUUACAGAGAUUUGGUUGAUGAGCGCGCUUUGAGGGACAUCAUGGAGAUGGGCUUUAACCGAGAGGCAGCCAGACAGGCCCUGCUGGAUAACAACAAUAACAUGGAGGUGGCCCUCAACUUCCUGCUCACCAGAACAAACCAUCCCAAAGUGGCCGAAACAGAGCAGAGCCGCCCACCGCCUCGAGGGGUCGUGGAAGGGGACGCUUCAGACAAGAUGAGGAUGAGGAAGCAGGAGGAAGGGCCAUCUGGACCCAGCACACUGUUUGACUUCCUGGAGUCAAAAAUGGGGACACUUUCCAUUGAUG